UGUUUGUUCCACAACAAGCUGGAUAGCUCUCCUCUCAGACUGAGAGGCUCAGAGGAGGAGUUGACGUUUGAAGUCUACCAAAACAGUUCACUGGUAACAGAAUGGACUCGCCAAAUUAUGAGUACGGAGUCUGAGUGGUUUCUCAUCGGCAUGACAGUCCAGCACCAAUCUGUCCAACGUUUUCAUCAAAACCAAAGCGUUGUAAUUUAUACUAUCACCAUGAAGAGGCGGUCUCUCCUCUAUAUUGUCAACUUCCUGGUACCGGUCCUGCUCUUAUUCGGUCUGGACUUGGGCUCCUUCGUGAUCUCUGACAGCGGGGGAGAGAAGCUCAGCUUCGAGGUCACUUUGCUGCUCGCUGUCACUGUGAUGCAGCUUAUUCUCAACGACAUUCUGCCUUGCUCUUCAGACAAAAUACCGCUUAUAGCGGUGUACUGCAUUGGGAUAUUUGGUUUGAUGAUGGUCAGCCUUAUGGAGACGAUUGUGGUGAUGUAUCUGAUUGAGAAAGACUCUGCAUCUAAAGAAAGAAAGGCAGAUAAAAACCGCAGCCUGAGUGAGGACUGUGGAGACAAACAGGGCAACUAUGAUGGAGAUGUGAAGAAAUGGACUCACUGUGCUUGUGUGUGUAAUGUGUCUGAUGAACCGCCAUCUGAACUGCUGUCUGUGGCCAAAGAGGACAAAAGAAGCCAACUGAUGGAGGAGUCCAAUUCCUUGGAGAAGCUCCCAGAUGAGCUGAGUGAGGCGGUGAAAGGACUCGCUCUGCUCCUCAGCAGGAAGAAAGAAAGGAAGCCCGACUACUGGACCAGAGUGGCUAAAAAAUUGGACAUCAUUUUCUUUUUCGUCUAUGUCACCGUGUCCGCUCUGUUUUUGGUUGUCCUCUUUUCAGUAUGGACCAAUGCAGAAGAUGAGAAGGGGUAAACAAUUGGGGUCUUUUCAAAAACAUGUUUUUUUUAUCCCCCUAAAACGUCUGACAUUGACUAAACCGACUUGUAUCUUUGCAAGUUUGUCACCAGAGAGAAUUUGUUAUACAUUCUUCUACUAAAGGCGGCAAAUGUCUAUGGAAUAGACUUGCAACACUAAGAAUAAAUGUAUUUCGGGAAAGCUAGAAAUAGUUUUCGAUCACUUUCUUUUUACUUUCUUGUUUAACUUGUCCUUUAGAUGUUUCAAGUGUUUCAUGCUAAACAAACCCCCCUUUGGAAAACUAUAAUCUGACCCCAUGGCACCUUUUAGUUUUCGCCGAAACUAUUCCUCUUUUUUUCUUUAAAUGCACAUUAGUUAUGUUUAAGUUGUCUUUCUAGGACUUUUUGGUAUCCUCCGUGAACCAGGGUCUUGAAACCAAAACGGCACACGUAGGGGACUUUAACCACCUACGAGGGGACUUUAACCCCAAUAAUUACUUUAACUACCUACGGGGGGACAAGGCAUUCAAAAGUGCUUCACAAAAAUGAAAGACAUUAAGAAAAUGGCAUUCAAAAGCAAAGAUAAUACAAGUUACAGUGCAGUUUAAGAUAUGAAUAUAUCAAUUAAAAGCAGCGACCCUAACCCUUUCGAUCAUCUAAACUUUAUAUUGAUCAUAGCAACACAUUUUGACAAACUUUAAAACCUGUCUGAAGGCUGACUUGAUUAGAACAUUCCUUCAAUUAACAUGUUUGUUACAGCCGCUGCUACCUUGUGCCCUUAACUCUGUUUGUGUGUGUAUGCAAAUGAGCUGGGCAGUUCCUAUGCUGUCAGUGGCCGUCUCGACCUCGCAACAUCCGUGGGGAUUGGACAGACGUCACCCAAGCCCUGCCCGCUUCUGCCACGUCAUCCAGGGGAGGAGUAUAAAGGCUUGGCACGGAUACCAUUCGGGAGGCUCUGUAUUGUGUGACAGACGCCUCAACCCUCGCAUUGUGACAUUGCCUUCGUUCUGUGACUUCUGAGACUGUUUAGCCGUGUGCAUGUUGUGUUAGCUACACUGAUUAGCAGUGUAUUCAGUAGGGUUUCUGGGCGAGCACACUGAUUAGCAGCGUGUCGUCGGGUUCUGUGUUAGUAUAGGGUUUGUGUGUGUAUAUUGCUUAGAUCCAGGUUGAUUAGCACCUGUAGACCAGCAUUCCUGUGGGUAUAUUGCGUAGAUCCAGGUGAUUAGCACCUGUAGACCCGCACCAGCUGUGUUUUCCCACAGUCCCGUUUUGUUGUUUUGUUUCCACUUCAGAAGUGAGGUAUUUCCUUUCCUUUUGUAUAGUACUGGGCAACUCUCUUUUGGAGACCCUGUUGUGAGAUAGUGACAGAUUGACCCGUUGUUGGGCCAAGCUGUUUGUGUACACCAUUUACUCAGUUGCCGUUACAAAUAAAACCACCGGUAACAUAUACCAAAUCCAA